AUCACAGGUGAGCUGCGGUUCUCCGUCUGUGGGAAUCUCCGGCUGUGAGAGGAAACAGAGACACGCCAGAGAUGGCUGUGUUCUGCUCAUUUCCACGCCGAGGAUCUUUCAUGCGCAAAGUCGGGCGUUCGGAUUUGUUUUGGUUUUGUUUUCCUUUCCAAGUGAUAAUUUUAUCUCUGACUACUCUGGAGUAAAGAUCUAUACUCAUGAAUGAAUUUGUGAGUGGUUCCUAUAUUUGAAGCCAGUCUAUGAAGAGGAAAAUGGAUAGCAUUCUUUGUUCUUUUUUCCUAAUAUUUAUGAAGGAGGCGCUCAGUUACAGCACCGCCAACAAUCUCCAGCCUCGGAUGCCUAACGUGUGCACGGAGAGGGAGGUGACACUGGUUGCCCAGAGGCAGCCAUGUGUGCAGGCCUUCACACGCAUGGUUAAAGUGUGGAAGCAAGCCUGUGCGGGGCAAUCGUGGUGCAUGGGAUAUGAGAGGAAGACGGCGUACUACACAGCAUACAGACAAGUGUACAGACAAGAUCAUAUGACUGUGUUCAAGUGUUGCCCUGGAUGGUCUCAACUAAACGGAGAGGCAGGCUGUCUAUAUCCUGUGUGUAGCUACGGGGUGUGUUUCAACGGGGGCCAGUGUCGGGAAGGAUCCACCCAGCUUUGUGACUGUCCUGUGGGGUUCACCGGGCCCAGCUGCCAGUAUGAUGUGAAUGAAUGUGAGGAAACCAAUGGAGGCUGCGAGGCUCUCUGCUGCAACACCAUCGGAAGUUUCUACUGCAGGUGUCCUCCUGGACAGAAACUGAAGGAAGAUGGGAAAACAUGUCAAGAUAUCGAUGAAUGCCAGGUCCAUAAUGGAGGCUGCCAGCACCGAUGCGUGAACACUAGGGGCUCCUACUACUGUGAAUGCCACCCCGGCUCUCGCCUUCACGUGGACGGCCGCACCUGCCUCUCUGUCCAUACAUGUGCCAUCAGCAACGGAGGAUGCGAGCACUCCUGCGUGCAGCAAUCUGCUGUUCAUUUUCGCUGCCGCUGCAGGCCAAAUUACUCGUUGGCAGAGGACGGGAAGCAUUGCAAACUGCAGGAUCCCUGUGCAGAUGGGAACGGAGGCUGUAUGCAUGAUUGCCGGGUAGACGGUGGCAAGGCCCACUGUGACUGCAAGGUUGGCUACAUACUAGCUGAAGAUGGAAAAACCUGUGAAGAUUUUGAUGAGUGUGAGACGGAAGAAGCCAACUGCGCUCACGGCUGCCACAACACGCCGGGCUCUUAUGCUUGUGUUUGCAACACUGCCUACGAGCUGGGAUCUGAUGGAAAACAGUGCUACAGAAUUGAAAUGGAGAUCGUGAACAGCUGUGAGAACAACAACGGUGGAUGUUCCCAUCACUGCCAGCAUUCAACCGCUGGGCCCAUUUGCAGCUGUAACCAUGGUUACAGACUAGAGGACGACCUAAAAACUUGUGCUGACGUUGACGAGUGUGGAGAGCAGAGCUCCUGUUGUGAGCAGGACUGCACCAACUACCCCGGGGGUUAUGAAUGCUACUGCACAGCAGGAUAUCGGCUCAACGCAGACGGAUGUGGCUGCGAUGAUGUAGACGAGUGUCUGGCUGCUAAUGGUGGUUGUGAGCACACGUGCCAAAACACUGCUGGCUCCUUCCAGUGUUUCUGCCGCCGCGGUUUCCGGCUAGAUGAGGACCGGCUGUCCUGCAUCCCACUUGAAGGUGCAGUUGAGGCGCUCUCCAGCGGGGGCGCCGUCGAGCUGCCUCUCAUUCGCCCCCAGAUCACGCUGCUGCAGGACUACGGCCAACCUCUGGAGCGCUAUGACGACUAUGAAGAUGAUGAGGGGGAGCUGAGGGCUGAGAGCAACCUGGCGGAGAGAUUCGUGUGCUUAGUCGACACUUUUGGCAGCGACUGCAGCCUCACUUGUGACGACUGCACCAACGGGGGGAAAUGCAACGUGUGGAAAAGCGGCUGCGACUGCCCCGAUGGAUGGAUGGGCAUCAUCUGCAACCAGACAUGUCCUGAAGGUCAUUUUGGUAAAAACUGCUCAUUUAACUGCAAGUGUAAAAACGGAGCCACCUGUGAUCCCGUAAGUGGAAGCUGCCGCUGCCCUCCAGGAGUGAGCGGAGACUUGUGCCAGGAUGGCUGUCCAAAAGGCUUCUAUGGGAAGCAGUGCAAUAAAAAAUGCAACUGUGCCAACAAUGGGCGCUGCCACCGGACCUAUGGAGCGUGUCUCUGUGAUCCUGGACUGUAUGGACGCUUCUGUCACCUCCCGUGUCCUCGGUGGACGUUCGGAGCCGGCUGCUCCCAGGAGUGUCGGUGUGACCAGAAAACCUCUCAGGAAUGUAACCGUCGCCAUGGCACCUGCGUCUGUAAACCUGGUUACCACGGCAGCACCUGCAAGGAAGAAUGCAAACCAGGUACUUAUGGAUCCGGCUGUGAGAGGAAGUGUGUGUGUCCACCGGGAGUGUCCUGUGAUCAUGUGACAGGACGCUGCCAACGGAAAUGCCCGCCUGGUCAUCACGGCGAGAAGUGCGAUCAAGAGUGUCCAGAGGGAAGGUUUGGAACAGGCUGCAUCCAGACUUGUAACUGCACCGGUGCUCCAUGUGACAAAGCGACCGGGCAGUGCCAAUGUCCAGCUGGGACGGUCGGACAGCACUGUGAGAAAUCGUGUCCAGAAGGUUUUUGGGGUGCCGGAUGCUCAGAAACCUGCCCAGCCUGUGAGAACGGCGGUGCGUGUGAUAAACACAACGGGACAUGUAACUGCCCUCCAGGAUUCAUGGGAAGACUCUGUCAAAACUCGUGCCCGAGUGGACGUUUCGGUCAGAGAUGCCAGAUGAAAUGCAUUUGUGAGAACAAUGCUCGCUGUGACCCAGUGAGUGGGCGGUGCAGCUGCGCUCCCGGCUGGACUGGACAUAACUGCAGGAAAGCUUGUGAUGCGGGACACUGGGGUGCCGACUGUGCAGAAACCUGCGACUGCAGAAACGGAGACAGCAGCUGUGACGCUGUGACGGGCCAGUGCAACUGUGAAGCUGGUUUCACCGGAGCCCACUGUCACCAGAAGUGUCUAUCGGGCAAAUUUGGUCCCGGUUGUCGCCAUCACUGUGAGUGUGAAAACAGCGCGUGGUGUGACCACGUGAGCGGAGCUUGUACCUGCCAGGUGGGAUGGACGGGCACCUUCUGUGAAAAGUCGUGUCCCCAGGGCUUCUAUGGUCUGGACUGCCAGGAGAAGUGUUUGUGUCUGAAUGGCGGGAGCUGUGACCACGUCGGUGGUGUUUGUUCCUGUCCUGCCGGCUGGAUCGGCCCCUCCUGCAACCUGACAUGCCCAACUGGUUUCUAUGGGGAAGGAUGUAACCAGACCUGCAGCUGCCACAACGGCGGCGUCUGCCACCCGGCCAGCGGGCGGUGUGCGUGCACGCCGGGGUGGAUCGGACCCGACUGCACAGAGGGCUAUGUCUUUCUCCCAGAAUGCCCUGCUGGGUUUUAUGGAUCAGACUGCCGACAGCGCUGCUUGUGCCAGAACGGAGCCACAUGUAACAAGACUGAUGGAAAAUGUGCGUGUGCCAGCGGAUGGACAGGCACAGCCUGUGAGCUGGAGUGUGCAGCGGGACAGUUCGGGGCAGACUGCCAGCAGCAGUGUGACUGUGAGAACGGCUGUCACUGUGACAGACAGACGGGACGCUGCAGCUGCAGCGCCGGCUGGGUGGGAGAUCGCUGUGAGAGAGCGUGUGAAGCAGGCCUGUUUGGUGUCGGCUGCAAGGAGCGAUGCCAGUGCGCGCGCGCGGCUUCAUGCCGUCAUGUGACUGGAGAGUGUCAGUGCCUGCCAGGGUGGAGAGGGAAACUCUGUGACAAAGCGUGUUUGCCGGGUUCCUACGGAGAGAGCUGCAUGCAGCGCUGCAGCUGUGCACCAGGCACAUCCUGCCAUCACAUCUCUGGAGAGUGUGGCUGCCCUGCUGGAUUCACUGGCAACGGCUGUGAGCAGAUUUGUCUCCCAGGAACAUUUGGGGACAACUGUAACCGGGUCUGCCAGUGCUCAGAGACGAAUCAGCUCUGCCACCCGGUGUCUGGAUCGUGUUACUGCGCUCCGGGUUUCCACGGCCCCAGCUGUGACCAGAUCUGUGGAGAAGGUCGUUACGGUCCCAGCUGCCAGCGAGAGUGUCGCUGUGAAAACGGAGGGAAGUGCCGUCCUGCAACAGGAGCUUGUGAAUGUCCAGCGGGAUUUAUAGGUCCCCGCUGCAACGUCUCAUGUCCGGCUGGGCGCUACGGCGUCGACUGCAUCCAGGUGGCGCUGUGCAGGGACGGAGCCCCAAGUGACCCGGUCAGCGGUCGGUGUGUGUGCGGCCCUGGAAGGAGAGGAGAGGACUGUGGACAAGGCUGCCCUUCGGGCUGGUUUGGGCCGGAUUGCGGCCGCCGCUGUAACUGCAGCAACGGAGGAGCGUGCGACUCAGAAACCGGCAACUGCACCUGCGGUCUCGGGUGGACUGGUCCACACUGCAACGCAGCGUGUCCUCCGGGUCAAUUUGGUGCCAACUGUCAGCUGAAAUGCAAAUGUCAAAAUAAUGGCACUUGUGACAGAGUGACGGGGACAUGUGAGUGCGGUCCGGGCUUCUAUGGACAUCUUUGUGAACAUGCCUGCCCCCCUGGUCUCCACGGCCUGCUGUGUCAGCUGCAAUGCGACUGCAUGAACGGCGCAUCCUGUCAUCCCACAUCAGGCCAGUGCAGCUGUCCUCCAGGAUAUGAUGGCGCACGCUGUCACAGAGUGUGUGAACUGGGGCGUUACGGUGAAGGCUGUACCAACGUGUGCGACUGUGAAGAUGAUGCUCCGUGUGAUCCUGCCACGGGAAAAUGCCUCUGCCCUUCUGGGAAGACGGGACCCAGAUGUGACAUCGACUGCAGAGGUGACCGUUACGGGCCUGACUGCACAGAGACCUGCGAGUGUGAGAACGGGGCGCAGUGCGACCGCCGCAGCGGCCGCUGCCGCUGCCUGCACAGCUGGAUCGGUCUCUCCUGUCAGGAAGGUGGGCCUCCACGUGACGCCUACGGGAGCAGCAGAGGCUUCUCUCAAGCUGACAGCUCAUUAUAGCAGCUUUGUUACUGCUGGAAAACAGGAACUGCAACUAAGGGGCACGUUUUGACGGAAGCGAGCGGACGCUUCCAGCAGCGGGACUCGUGGAAACGGACUAUCUCGUGAGAACUGCACUUUCAAACGAGCAUCCGUGCUGCAUUAUGUGCCAAAGGUGUCGGCUGAACGGCGGGUUGGUGAACCCACGGAAGACCGACAUCUCCUCAUCCAGAGCAGCUUCAUCGUUGGUGCUUUUACCGCACUCUUAGUUACCGUUUUACCUUUGCAGGUACUCUGGAAAAUAAUCUCUAUUUAAAGCAGCUGGCUUCCAUAAAGCCAAAUUAUUCUCGUUUCAGGUAACUUUGUAAUAUGAAGUAAAACAUCACGGGGCUUUACUGUACAAAUGAUGAUCCUCAGAUAUUUUAUGCUGAACCACACUGAAUUACCUAAAAAAAAAGAUGCGUCUUCUGCAAAGGUCAAGCACCUAAAUGUUUGUAUGAAUGGAUUUUGUGUAUAAAUUGCUUCAUAUUUACAUAUCACAGGAUUGUUUACAUUUUGAAGCUUGGUUUUCACAGACAGACCACACGCAACAAAUAAAGAGACAUAUCCGGGAUUGGUUUACCAUUCUUAUCUUUAUCAUUAUUUCAUUUUCAUUGAAGAUGGAAUCUGUACAUCUCGUCUAAGUUUCAGAUUCAAGCACAGUGCAGAUAGCAACGCCUGCAGACGAAAAUUCAAAUGAAAGAAAAGGCAGAGGUGAUCACAACCAGAAAUAUGUACAAAGGUCAGAGUAUGUACAGGCUCUCACUACGGCGUCUUCAGAGUGGAUUCGGUGCGUUGCUGCCCGCGAGCGUCCCUUGUGAUGCAUACAC